CUUGUUUUUCAUUAUGGCUAACUUGAUGCUUGAUGUUGUUUGCAAAACCCUCAACCGUUCAACCCAGUCAACCAUAAGUUAGACUGGAGUCGUCGUUGGAGGUUCUCUGACAUUAGAGCUCUUGAUAGUAUUAUCUUUGGCAGUUUGUAUUUAUUGUGUUGUGCCAGGCGUUAUUUUUGUACUCUAUUUUUAUCGUUAAAGUCAAGCCGUUAUAAUGGUGAACCGGCUGGUGAGAUUAUGUUUCGCUUGGACCGAUGCCAUUCUGCGGGAGAACUAGCUAGCUAGCUAGGCGAGCCGGUGUCCGCUGUGAGUAUGUUCCUGUGAGCCCCUCCAUCUUCGAGUCUGCCAAGGGACGAUACACAUCGUUCACGGCCAAGAUCAAGAAGACUGUUUUUGCCGCCUGUUUCUUUCUCUGUGCCUGUGUAAACUAUGGAGACCACUCAGGUGACUUUGGCUGUCAGAGGAGAAACAUCCCCAGGUGAGGUGAUUGCAGUCGUUGGCAGCUGUGAAGCCCUGGGAAGCUGGAGCCAUCAAAAAGCUGUGACCUUAUAUCCGGAUGGCAAUGAAGGAAAUACAUGGACUGCAACAAUCACUGUGCCUAAAGGAGUUGUGUCCAAGUACCGCUAUUUUAAAGGCUUCAUUCUGGAACCAAAGCUCAUCAGCAGGAAUGGGGAAAAUCCACUGACUUUGAAAGAAUUUCAACCCAUGGUGGCUGACUGCCCCAGCUGGAGAUUGAGUGCAGGUGAUCCCUGUCAAGUGAUAGUCAAUGUGUGGGAGACCCAUCAACAACCCCGCACAAUGAGCCCCACAGGACCACACCAGACUAUUGAUGAUGGACAGUUUGGAACUCACAAUGGGGUGAAUUGUGUCGACUCUGGGUGGCUCACAUGCCAGACAGAGAUCCGCCUGCGUCUGCACUUUUCUAAGAAGUCUCCCGUGUCUAUCACUAAGAAGAAAUUCAAGAAGUCUCGCUUCAGAAUCAAGCUGACAUUGGAGGGCUUUGAGGAGGAGAUAGAUGAGGACGAGGAUGAGCUCAGUCCUACGUGUUUGCACAGGAUGACCACCACUCUGGAGAAAACCACCACUCUGGGGAUCAGUAUGAUCAGUGCCAACAGCUAUAAGUCACGCCACUCGCAGCCUGAAUGUGGGUAUGGACUGGGGCCCUCUCAGUGGACUGAGUACAGUAUCCACACCAUGUAUCCAGACAACCUAGAGCUCACCUUUGAGUUCUUUGAGGAGGAUAUGAGUGAGCAUGUAGUCCAGGGGGAUGCUCAUCCAGGAUAUGUGGGCACAGCUUGCCUCCUGUCCUCCUCUUUCUCGGAGAAUGGUAUGGACAUCGGAGUAGCCACACUUCCAAUUAUGGCUCGGAAUUCCAGACAGACCAUCGGGAAAGUCAGAGUGGAUUACCUGGUGAUCCGGCCAAUCCAGGCGUUUCAGUGUGACAUGAGCUCCUCCUUCACCAAAUACUGGAAGAAAAGAAGUACACUGCAUGUGGGCCACAGAGGAGCUGGCAGCACACACACAGCCAAGCAUCAGAGAAUCAGGGAGAACACAAUAGCUUCAUUCAAAAGCGCUGCCAUGCAUGGUGCAGCCUAUGUAGAGUUUGAUGUUCACCUCUCCAAAGAUGCAGUUCCUAUUGUAUACCAUGAUCUGACGUGCUGCAUAUCCACCAAGAAGAAACAUGACAAGACGUCUCUGGAGCCUGUUGAGGUGCCAGUCAAAGACUUGACAUUUGAUCAGCUGCAGCUUCUGAAGCUGGUCCAUGCCACUGCAGUGAAAGAAAACGAUCACAAAGAUCUGCUGGACGAUGAAGAUGAAGUCGAUGAGCAUCAGCCCUUCCCUUCACUCUCACAGAUCUUCCAGGCCAUUCCUGAGCAUGUGGGCUUCAACAUUGAGCUGAAAUGGAUCUGCCAGAUGAAGGACGGUUCAUGGGAUGGCAACCUAUCAUCCUACUUCAACAUGAAUAAAUACCUCGACAUCAUCCUGUCCUGUGUUCUGCAGAAAGGCGGAAAAAGACGCAUUGUCUUCUCCUGCUUCGACCCAGAUAUCUGCACCAUGGUGCGUCAAAAGCAGAACAAGUACCCCAUUCUCUUCCUGACUCAAGGAAUUUCAGAGAAGUACCCUGACAUGUUGGACAUCCGCUGCCAGUCCACUCAGAUCGCCAUAAGUUUCGCCCAGAGCGAGAAUAUUCUGGGGAUCAGUGCCCACGCUGAGGAGCUGCUCAAAAACCUUUCCUACAUUGGGGAUGCCCAGUCUAAAGGCCUGGUGGUGUUCAGCUGGGGAGAUGACAACAACGAGCACGAAAUCAGAAAGAAGCUGAGAGAGCAAGGCAUUGAUGGGCUCAUCUACGAUAGGACUCAAAUGCAGGGCACUGACAAGGAUGCAGAUGAAGUAUCUGUGAGGAGCAAGGAGAGCAGGCAAACGUCUUCCAGGUUGAGGAGCAACACACCCUGCAGGAGACCCUAAAGAGCGCCAGCUGCUCCUGCUACUCCAUUCCCUGCUCCAUGGCUCCCUGCAUUGGCUCCAAGAGCUGCUCUGGCAGCGGAGAGUCAGAUUCUGGCCUCAGCUCCUCGUAAAUAUCCCUAAACCUCAAUGGACCACACCGCACAAUACACACCCAAGAGUCUGUCUUGAGUGUGUAUGUGCAGUGAAGUCUUACGAGGACCAAGGUGGGAAUGAAUGAUCAAGCAAAAACUUUCAAUUACAGAUUGUGUGCAUUGCAUCUUCACAGAAGUUUGUUAUUUAUGCUUUCUAUUGAAAUCGGUGGAUUUGUUUUGAAUUUCUUUUCAGGACAGUAUUUACAGAGGUCUUAAUUAUAGUGGAACAAUUGGGAAAUGAUACAGUACAUCACAGUGGAUAUUUAUUUAGCUAUUAUGUUUCAUCGCUUCACCGUCUUAAGUGCUCAAAUUGAAUGCAUACGAUAUUUUAAGGGUGUAAAAGUGUAACAGAACUGCACAUUGUAUGUAACGGAGUUGAGGAUGUAGCAUCAUGUGGUUUUUCUGUUUAUGCUGCUAUAUCUUUUCUGUGCAUGUAGCCAUUAUACCUCAACAGUUUUAUUUCCAUUGUCUCAAAUUGCAAUGAGUAAUAGCUACUGAUUGCUAUUUUAGUUUCAGCACAGAAAUAAUGUGGGAGGUGCAGGUUGCCAUUAAGAAACGCUCACCUCUUUGUGGAUAGUCUACAGAAAUUAGAAGAAGCCUCCGUGAUUGAUUAAUUUCAUUUUGAGUUGACUGUUGAAAGCAGUUGCUUAGUCUUCUCCACACCACCUAAUUUAAUUUUAAAGACUCGUUACUUAUUAUUGUAAAUGAUGUACCGAAUGCCAUGUAUCCUUUAUUCUUUUUAUCUACUUGAUUUAUAGAAAAGCAGAAUGUUUAAUUUGUGACAUUGUACAUACAUACCACAGCCUUAUAAAGGGGGGGAUCGGGUCCGUUUCUGUUUUAAAACCGCCAAUACCUCACUCAUUAUCGAUUUAGAAUUGACUUGAGUUGAUAUGUGUGUACAGAACGAACAAAUGCCGCCUAUACUUGUUUUCUAUAAAUCCUAUUUAACUUCACAACACAUACUUUUUAUUGCAUGCCAGAUAUUUUUUUGGCACAAAUUACACUUGAAAUAAUGCAUUUGCUUAUUCAUAUGAUUAGUACAAUGCAAUGGCAAUGCAGCAUUUUGAACACGACGAAACAAAUCCAUGUAUAGCAUACUGUCUGUAUAUCAGUCUCAUUGCACAAUCUCUUAACUACAAACUAAUGAUUGCGUCGUGCAUGGUCUUGUAAAUCUGUAUGAUUCUACUGUGUUAUUUUAACUGCCACUUAAGGACAGACGAGUGUAAAAGGUUAAUGUAAAUUAAAUCAAAACCUAUAUUUCUUCA